AUGCUUUCCCCAUCCCAACAACAAUCUCCAAAUUCAUUUGCCUCUUCUGUUCAAACACCUUCAUCAGAUACAUCAUCACUUCAUACAUCAAACGACGAAAAUUCAUUAACACCAAAUUAUAAUUCAACAUUAAAUAUUAAGACAUCACCAUCAUCUGAACAUAUUAACGUUACUUCUUUAUCAUCACAAUAUAAUUAUCCUCAUAAUAUGUUUGGAGCAACAAUGGAUCAUUAUAAUAGAAAUUGGGCAUAUACAGAUCAGGCACCUUUUACAUAUAAUCCUGCUACAGCAACACAAUUUCCUACCCCAACAGGACCACCACAAUUACCAUUUUUAUUUCCUAAUACUAAUCAAAAUCAUCAGAUGUCUGGGUGGCCUUCAGCAUAUACACAAAAUAUGGCUAAUGCUGCUAUGCAUUUUGGAUUUGAUAAUACCCAUUUUAAUUUUGGUAAUAAUACUGGUACCUCAACUACAACUUCAACAACACCCUCCUCUACAACAACAUCAUCAUCAAAUACCAACAAUAAUAAUAAUGUUAAUAGAAAUAAUGGUACACAAAAUGAUGAUGAAUCUCAAUGUAAAAGAGAAUCUGAUAGUAGUAAUAAUAAUAAUUCACGACCAGAAGUUAUCCAAAGAGUCUCACCACAAACCAAUGAAAAUACCACAAAUAAUGGUAAUAAUAGACAAUCAAAUAUUAUUGAUAAUAAUUAUCCAUCAAUUUCAACGAUAACCACAACAAAUACCACAACACCAAACGCAUUAGAAUUUUCAACAACAACAACCUCAGGAGUUUCACCAAUAUGGUCAUGUUACCCAAAUUUUAGGACAACAAUAACUGAUGGUCCUGGUAAUACAUUUCAUCAUCAAGAUGGUAUGUUAAAUAAUUUAGAACAUUUUCAUAAUAAUAAUUGUGAUUUAAAAGAUGAAAUAGAUAAUGCUUCUAGUGAUGAUUUGGAACAAUUUGCCAAAACAUUCAAACAAAAAAGGAUAAAACUUGGUUUUACACAGGCAGAUGUUGGUAUAGCAAUAGGUAAUUUGUAUGGUAAUGUUUUUUCACAAACAACAAUAUGUCGUUUUGAGGCAUUACAAUUAUCUUUCAAAAAUAUGUGUAAACUUAAACCAUUACUUUUUAAAUGGUUAGAGGAAGCUGACUCCUCAACAUCUUUACAAAAUGGUGUUUUUGAAAAAAUGACAGGUUCUGGGGGUAGAAAAAGAAAAAAGAGAACAAGUAUUGAGGUACAAGUUAAAUCACGUUUAGAACAUCAUUUUAGAAGAAAUCCAAAACCUAAUGCUCAGGAGAUAAGUAGUGUGGCUAAUGAAUUACAAUUAGAAAAAGAAGUUGUCCGUGUAUGGUUUUGUAAUAGGAGGCAAAAAGAAAAAAGAAUGACACCACAACAAUUUAAUCAAGAUUUUAUUUUGCAAGCUAAUGCAGCAGCAGUUGCAAGUGUUAUGUAUAAUAAUAAUUGUGAUGGAAGUCUUUAUCAUUAA